GUCAAACAAUCUACUUUCUCUCUCUAGGAAAAACAUGCAGAGGAUGAUCAAGGAAGAAGCCACCACCGCCGGCCACCAUCAACUGCCAUUGAUACGCCACCCACCGUGGCGGCGGCUCACUAAUGAUGAAGAGGCUACGGUAAUGGUUAAUGCUUUGAAGAAUGUAAUGAUGGGAGGUUCCGGCUCUACGAGUGUUAAUCAUCAAAACGGAUAUGAUUUGAGGUUAUUGCCGCCGACUGAGUACACCACCGUCAACGGUGGCGCUGCUGGUUGUUCUGUUCCGGUGCCAGUCUCUGUUCCUGAAACUUGUGCAAUUUGUAGGAUUAAAGGGUGUCUCGGGUGUAAUUAUUUUAAAGAUGAUAUGAAUUUGAAUGGUUUCGGUGGCGGUGGCGGUGGAGGUGGAGUUGGAGCUGGUGGUCCGAUCAAGAAAAAGAAGAAGAAUUACAGAGGUGUGAGGCAGCGGCCAUGGGGGAAAUGGGCGGCGGAGAUACGGGAUCCACGUAAAGCUGCUCGGGUAUGGUUGGGGACGUUUGAGACGGCGGAGGCGGCGGCGAGAGCUUACGACAGAGCUGCCAUAGAAUUCAGGGGACCCAGAGCAAAGCUAAAUUUCUUAUUUUCUGAUUACACGACAUCGUCAUUGCCGGAACAUAAUCAGCAGCAGGCGGCGCCACCGAUAUCAAGAAAGAAGCCGGAAGGCAACACUAGCCGGAAAUUCGAGUUGGCCGGAGAAAAAGGGAAGAAACCCAUUACAGAAAACGAGUUUUUGGACGCAACUGGGGAAGAGGAGAUUCAAGAAUGGAUGAUGAUAAUGGAUUUUAAUGGCAAUUCCUCUGAUUCAACCCUUAGUGGAACUGUUUAUAGUGUUUGAUCCAUCACUUAACCAUUUUAUUGGUCAAACUACACAUACUAUAAAUGGAAUUUGGGAUCGUUUCUAUUAAUAGUUGUAACGGUCAAUAUGAAUGAAAUUUCUCCAAAUUUUAUGAAAGGAGAUUGAAUGCUAAUUACGAGUUUUUACAUGGGUUUAGAGUAUUUUAUCGAUCCGUAUAAAGUUAUAGCCGAAAUUGUUCAGGUUCAAAUUAUUAAUUAUUUGGUUAGGUUUUAUUACUAGUUUAGUUUCAGAUUAUUAAUCGUUUAGAUUUCGUCAAUUUUUGUGCUUAACAUAUAUCUAUGUUAUCUCAUUUAUGUAAUGUAAUCAAACGAUUUAGAUGUAGUAGGGCCUACAAAAAAAAUUUGAAAUGUCCCUGGUUUCUUGAU